AUGAAUGCUGCCAAAGAGCUGACCACUCUAGGGGUUAACCAUCGAGAUAGAAUAUAUAGAUCUAAUUCCAUGGAUUCAUGUGCUUACGGAUCCUUUGGGUAUCGGGGAGAUUUAAAGAGCAAUGACAUAAAUUUUAGAAAUGAAAAUGGAUUCAAAGAUCCUUUUGUUGCAGAUAUUACCUCAUGGCCGGGGUCUUUCAAAUUAAAAGUGGAUGUAAAGGAUUUAGAUGGAGGCCCAUCCGGAGGCGACGACCCUAUUGACUUCUUGCAGACGACCAUCACAACAGCCGCCGCCCCCAGUGAGAACGCUGCAUCCUGGACCUCGGUGUCCUUGCAGGGAACUAGAGGGACAGAACCCACGUCGGUUACACUGCAGGUCAAAGUUUACUGUGAUCCAGGAUACACAGGGGCAGAUUGUGCCACUAACAUAAACGAAUGUGCCAGCAACCCUUGUAAUAAUGGUGGAACAUGUCAAGACAACAUUAACUUCUACACGUGUCAGUGUCCCCCCGGAUACACGGGAGUUAACUGCGAGACCAACAUUAAUGAAUGUGCCAGCGGUCCCUGUCAGAACGGCGCCACUUGUCUGGAUGGGGUGAAUGCCUACACGUGCCAGUGUGCCCCUGGUUAUACCGGAGUUCUCUGCCAGGUUAACAUUGAUGAAUGUGCCAGCAGUCCGUGUCAGAAUAAUGCCACGUGUCAGGACGGCAUCAAUGGAUUCACAUGUGACUGUCCCGGGGGAUACACGGGGACCCUGUGUGAAACUGAUAUCAAUGAAUGUGACAGCAACCCGUGUGUUAACAGUGGGACUUGUCAGGAUGAAAUAAACGCGUUUACAUGUCAGUGUCCCAGUGGUUUCACCGGGACAAUUUGUGAAACGAACAUUGACGACUGUGCUGUCGAUCUUUGCUAUAAUAACGCCACGUGUGUGGACGGCGUUGACUCCUAUCAGUGUCAGUGUAUGGCAGGAUUCACAGGCACACAGUGCCAGACGGACAUUGACGACUGUCUCAACGCCACAUGCCAAAAUAACGCCACAUGCCAGGAUGGCAUAAAUGGGUUCAGCUGCGUUUGUAGCGAUGGAUACACAGGGCAGCUCUGUGAGUCUGAUAUUGAUGAAUGUGGCAGUAACCCAUGUCAGAACAAUGGAACGUGCCAGGAUUUUAUCAAUAUGUACACCUGUAAUUGCUCAACCGGAUUUACAGGUACACAUUGUGAAACAAACAUCGAUGAUUGUGUUAAUAAUACCUGUAAAAAUGGUGCCACUUGUGUAGACGGAAUCACCAACUUCACAUGUCAGUGUCCACCAGGUUAUACGGGACAAUCUUGUGAAACCAACAUCGAUGAUUGUGUUAAUAAUACCUGUAAAAAUGGUGCCACUUGUGUAGACGGAAUCACCAACUUCACCUGUCAGUGUCCACCAGGUUAUACGGGGCAGCUUUGUUAUACGCCUUUAACGACAGAAUCGACGGCGACAACCGAAAAGCCUCACUCAGUAACGACUGUAGUCACUACGGAAACAUUUGCCGUUGACACAGUUACAGAGGACAAAUCUGUUUACACAACCAGUGUUCCAACAGAUCCUGCGUCAACAGCAACUUUACCAACACCGAUAUUAACUAUGGAGACAGUGACAUCGACAGGGAUGACAGAGACGACAGCAGUUAUGUCAGUUAAUGCCACAGAACGCACAUCUAAAUCACAAGCAACUGGAUCGCCACAGACGACUUUGGCUGCGCCACCUGAAACCACUGGCACCAUAUCUGCAGCAGCAAUGACCACGGGAUCUGCCACUUCAACAUCAUCAAAGAGACAAACAACAAAAAAACCAAUUGCGAUAACGGAAUCAUUGACAACAGAAAGAGAGACGACAGAAAUACCAAAGGGCGCUGAUACCACUAUUACAACGGGUAAAACACAACCGUUGAACACGUCACCAACCAUUACAGAUGUUAGGACGUCAGAAACACCAACAAAAGGAAAAAGCUCUACGGCAGCUAGUGUACAAACAACAACAUCGCCAUCCGUCAUCAGUACCAGUUCUACGACGUCAGGCAAACCAACAAAAACAUACAAUACUGCCGGAAUGACAGCCGGAAUGACCACUGAAAGUCCUUCAACAACUGCAAGUGCCAAAUCACAAACAACAACAACAUCACUUAAGGUCACUGAUCCGGUGACUUCAAAAGCGCUGCCCACCUCCACAGUGAUCGUGACGACACCAAAGAGCCAAGAAACUACCCAAGCACUUCCUAGUACUGUGAUAUUCCUUACUGGGGAAGUUACAGAUACCAAUAGUGCCGGCGUGCAAGAUGCAAUCAAGAAACUUAUUGCCUCCACUCAGCUGGGCAACGGCAACAACGUGGACGUUACUUUUGAGACGAGCCCCUUUGUCACCGCAAUAGGAGAGAAAGUGACCAGACUGUCCUAUCAAGUGACCAUAAACGGACGACAGGUGUCUUCGAGCGAGGUCGGAGCUGCUUUGCAGGAUAAGUCAGCGGAAGAGAUACGUGCAGAGAUAAACAACGACCUGCCUGCCGGCUUAACGGUGUAUAACGGGGACAACUCCACACUUAAUGCCGUUAAUCCUGAUGUCACGUCUACAUCACCGCCGUCGUGGAUUGAGGUAAAUUGGCCAAUAGUUGCUGCCAUUGCCGCUGGUGCUCUCCUUGUCCUUAUCGCAGUAGUGGCUAUUGCUUGUCGGAAACAGAGACGACCACAGAGCGAAAAAGAUAAUCUUCAUCGCAUGGGGGAUUUUUCGGACACCUCAAAUUAUUGCCCCAACGGGAAAGCAUACGACAACACUGUGUUCAUAGAAAAUGAAGAGAACACUUUACAGAUUCCAAGACCAACUGUAAGAAGUUAA